AGCGCAAAACAGCGACCGCCCAAAGCCUCAUCGCCAGAUACAGCUCCAGAAGACCGAGAUUUGUCAGUUCUGCGUCAGCCAUGGCCUCGAUUGUGCGACCUUCCCUGCUGCGGCAGACUGCGCUGGCAGCGAAGCCUGCGUUCCGAAACAGCGCCCUGAGGGCGUCUGCUUUCCACACGUCGACUCGGCGCUCUGCUUUCAUCUCCCCCGGACCUCAGCGAAUUGAGGGCACAGUCAACGAUCCCGCCCCGGUCCCUCCCCCCAGCGCCGCCCACGGCUCGUACCACUGGACCUUUGAGCGCCUGCUCGCCGCCGGCCUCGUGCCUCUCUCCGUCGCGCCCUUCGCCGCCGGCUCCCUCAACCCCACCACCGACGCCAUCCUGUGCUCCGCCGUCCUGCUGCACUCCCACAUCGGCUUCCAGUCCGUCAUCAUCGACUACAUCCCCCAGAAGUCUCACCCUGGCCUGCGGAAGCUCUUCAUGUGGGGCCUGAAUCUGGCGACGCUCACUGUCGGCGUGGGCUUGUAUGAGUUUGAGACGAAUGAUGUUGGUGUUACGGAGGCGAUCAAGAAGCUCUGGAAGGCGUGAGGUGGAUGCUGAAGAAAGGAGGAGGAGGAAGAAGAGGAGAGGGGAUUGAAAAAAAGGGAGACAUCUUGAUGCUUCAUGAUUCAAGUGCUGGGGGGGUGAAUUGCUCGCAGGUUUUGGGAGGACUGUGUAUCUGAUUUAUG